AUGGACUUGAUGCAACUGGUUCCUGCUGAACUUCCAAAAAACCUGCACAAGAAAGUUGUCCAUAAAUGUCAUCUUGAAGACAAACCAGACCCAGUGAGAGCGCUUCAUCCCGAUGAUAAUUGCAUUAAUUACAUAAAACGAUGGAUCAUGAAGCGAUGCAUUUUGUCACGUAGCCAUCCAGUCACCCAAACUUGGAUAAAAAGCAACGCGGCUAUUAGAUCCCAGAUUAAUGACCAUAUUAAUAUUUACCCGUGCAUGAUUCACCCCUUCAGCGAAUUCCGGACCUUUUGGGAAGCAUUAAUUAUUAUUUUGACGUUAUUUUCUUUGAUGUUAAUUCCCUUUGUCAUCGCCUUCGACUUUUAUCAGUGGAUUUAUGUUAUCUUUGGUAUUAAUAUACUCUUUUUAAUUGAUAUCUUGCUUAAUUUUUUUACCGGACACUUUGAAAGUUCUACGAGAGAAAUUAUUUUAGAUAGGAAAGAUAUUGCCAGAAAAUAUAUAAGAAGAUGUUUUAUACCAGAUAUAUUAUCAGCGUUCCCAGUUGAAGUUCUUGUUUUAUAUUUAUCUGAUGAUCAUGAUUCUAUGAAAUAUUGGACUUUGUUUAAUAUAUUCACGAUAUUUCGUAUAAAAAAUCUGAUUGUAUAUUUACGUCGGUUUCGUAAUUUUCAUCAAAUAUCAUUUAAAAAAUACAAAAUAUUGGAAAUGUUAAUCAUAAUAUUCACAUGCAUUCACUGGGCGGCUUGCUUAGAAUGGUACAUCCCGAUAAUUACCAAGCAAUUAAACUUGCUAGCAUCAAAUGAGUCUUGGAUAUCAUCAGAUUUGCUGAAAAGUAGAAACACCACUCUGAAGAAAUAUAUAGCUGGUGCCAAUCGAGCUACAAUAGCCUUGAUAGGCGGCUCACACCAUUUGGACGUCAAAACAAUUGAUGAUAUUUUAUUGAAUUUAUUUCUUACGAUACUGGGUAGAAUCGGUAUCAUUUACAUACUUGCACAAUUUUCCGGACUCAUGUCAACGUCUUAUUCGACAAAGAAGAAGAAUGUUAAAUUAUUGCAACAAUUAACAGAGUAUAUGCGUUACAAAGAACUUCCUCGUCAUAUUCAACAGCGGAUUUUAACUUAUUUUUAUUUUUGGUCUAACAAGAGCGUUAAAAAGGACAAAAUUAUUACUUCAAAUCUUUCACCAAACUUACGAGAAGAAGUAAUAAUGUACAACUGCAGAAAUUUAUUAGAAAAAGUAGAAUUCUUCAAGCAUAUACCACCGUCAAUUUUACCACAAGUCGUAAUGCAUUUGACGUCAGAAAUAUAUUUAGCCAAUGACGUAUUGGUAAAAGCUGGUACCAUCGGUGACGCAUUAUAUUACAUAAUAACUGGUACCGUUGGAGUGUAUACAUCAUCUGAAAGAAAAGUAUGUAAUUUAGAAGAUAAAUCGUAUUUUGGAGAAGUGUCUCUGGUGAUGGAAAACGAAAAACGCUUGACUUCAGUAAUUGCUCUCGAGCCAACCGAAGUUUACAUUUUGAAGCGACAGGAUUUUAUAAAAACAAUAAGCGUCUAUCCAAAUCUAGUCAGCCGGUUACAAAAAUUAACCAUUGAAAAAAUAGACAAAUCUUUGUUGUGCGAGACAUUGCAUAAGAGCGAGGGGUCUACUUCGAUAAAUAUUAAUAUAUAUAAUGACUAA